GAUUGAUCACUAGAGAACUACACAGAGACCAACUCGCUGUUAUUCGUGGAGAGAUGUCCAAGGAUCAGACAGUGGUGGCUACAAACACGUCAACAAGCAGGGCCUCAGAUGGAGCAGUGGAGGAGCCUCUGAACGAUGAACACGAGUACUACAGGCUGCUCGAACAGUAUGCCAGAUCGUUGGAUUCACAUCAUGCGCUACAGAUGGAGUUCAACUCCAUCGUGACACAGCAGAGACAACUGAGUAGCAAGAUCGAUAACAUCCUCGACGUGUUAGGGCUGCUGACGAGGCUACUGGGCUCAAAGCAGCCGGACGAGGCUACGAGCUCAUCUUCUUCGAACAAGACACAACAGAAUGGCAAGGUGAGCCCGGCCGUGGACUCUAAGAACAGAGAGAGACUACAGAAGCUGGUGAAGCAGAGACCUGAGCUGAAGCAGGCGAUUGAAAAUGUCCUUAGUGGCGAAAAGAACGAGUCAGUUGAGAAUGUCAAAGAGAUGAGGGCAUUGCUGCUGUGUGCACCUCUAGACGGUGUCGAUUGGCUACAACGGGUGUCUACGCAGAUAUCUAAGGACCUGAAGAAGUACAAGAAUACGGCGUCCGAGGGUGGGGAAGCUGAGGAAGGGGAGGCUGAUGGUGACGCUGAUGUGGAGGAAGUUGAAGAGACCGAGGAGGUGCUGGAGGAUGAAGAUCACGAUGUCGAGGUGAAAGAGGAGGUCAAAGAAGAAGAUGAUGAUGAGGAAGUUGAUGAAGAAGUUGAUGAAGAAGUUGAUGAAGAAGUUGACGACGAAGUUGAAGAAGAAGAAGAAAAUGUAGAGGAGAAUGAAGAAGACGAAGAAGAAGACAAUGAAGAGGACGAAGAAGAAGAUAAUGAAGAAGAAGAGGAAGAAGAAGACCACGACCAGAGAAGUCCAAAGAAGAGGAAACUAGCUACGUAAGCCAUACAACUUUCAUCCAGUUAAAAGCAAAAUAAAAUCCAAACCAUAGUUCAUGGUGAAAAAAAAAAUGUCGUCAAAGAGGUAAAUCAUAUCGUUAGCCAUCAUUAGUAAACCUCCAUUAAUAGCAAAUGACAAUACAAUCAGCUGUCAUUAUCACCAUCCUAGCACUUAAAACCAUCAAACCAAGCCAUUAUACCGUCUUGCCUUCGAUACGCCAUUGAUAACCUUUGAAGUCUGCAUCGAAGAGAACUCUUUUGAGCCGGAUGAAGUUGUUGACUUGGAGCUUGUUAUCUGAACUAAGACCUCUAGUAUCAUUAGCGCAACGAGAUACACCAUUCUCAAUAAUCUUGUUGGAAUGUAAGCAAUCAUCGACCAGGUAAGUCUUUGCAAGAACAAUGGCAUAUCAAUAAAGAACCACAGGACUUGCUGUACCAUGGCCUUAUUGCCACUGCCGUUCAAAUCAGU